GCCGAAUUUACAAAAUACGAGAAAAAACAUUUGUCCUGGAAGAGGAAGUCAAGUUGAAUUGCAAUCGCUAUCUUCGUCGCGAUGCGGCAAAGCAGCACUGCCGCGUCGUCCUUUGGCGGCAACCUCUCGCGAAGCUCGACGUCCUUCUCGCGCCACAUCCUCCGUGUGCAACUGCACAAAGCCACGGACUUGGCGGCUGGUGAUUUCUCGCUUCUUGGCCGCCGCUCCAGCGAUCCGUACGUGGUGUUCACUGUCGGGAAGGAGAAGUACAAGAGCGCGGUGAUCUCCAAGACCCUCGCCCCCGUGUGGUCGGACGACGCGGUCUUUGAAUUCCACGUCACGGAUGGCGACUUGUUCACAAAGGUGUUGGACGUGCAGGUGUUCGACCAGGACAACCGGAGCGACGACCUGCUUGGCACGCUGGCGUUGCCGCUCGCUCAAUUCGCGACGCCGCUUCCAUUUUCGUCCUCGGCGAGUCCUCAUGCAAAGUCGUACUCGAUGCAGGUGCCGGCUGCGUUCGCCAAGCAAAAGGUGACGAGCCAGAUCUUCCUGACCAUCCACUUGAUGGCCGACGGCGACCCCGUCGACAACCCGCGACUGUUCAUUCCACGUCAAUUCAAAGUCACUCUCCACAAAGCCACGGACCUCCCCGCGGCUGAUUACGCGCUCUUUGGUAAAGGCAAGAGCGACCCGUACGUUGUGUUUGCGAUCGGCUCCCAGCGGUUCAAGAGCGAUACCAUCUCAAAGUGCUUGGACCCUGUGUGGACAUCUGCGCCGACGUACGAGUUCGACUUGACACAGGACGACUUGUUCACCCAAGUGCUGGACAUUCAAGUGUUCGACUCAGACCACGGACUGAGCGCCGACGACCUCAUCGGGACGCUGUCCAUUCCCCUAGCACAGUUCGAUGUCGUGGAUGCCGCGCCGCCACGUAUGCGGCCGUACCUGCUCAACGUCCCCGACCAGUACCACAAGCAGAACGUGCAUGCGCAGCUCUUCCUCACGCUGGACAUGGCUCCCCUUCCAUUUUCUGUCGACGAAACGAUCGUCGAAUCCGUAACCAAGGGAGCAGUGCCGCCCGAUUUGGAGGCGUUGAUGGAGGCGAUGCAAGCAGAGAUCGCCGCGCUCAAGCUGUCGAGUCAAGGGAUGGUGCAGAAGAUGGAGGCUGAUAUUACACCGACCAUCACCGUAGCCUCCUCGUCAUCGGAUGCACCAUCGCAACCUGAACCAGAAACGGAGGGAGAUGGGAAGAAGCGAGCGCUCGUGAACGAGCUCCACGGGUUACUCAAGAUCCCUCCGAUCAAGACAUUCACCAAGCUGCAAGUGGCGUCCACGUCGGACGGCGCCGCGUUGCAGUGGCAGAACGAAGUCAAGCACCUCAAGACCCAGCUGGAGCAGCAGAAGCGUUUGAACGAGAUGCUGGCGGCACAGGACAGUAGUAGUAGAUCUGACAAGGACGAAGUCGAACGACUUAAGCACGAAGUCGCCGUGCAUAAGGCCACCUUGCAGGCCGUGAUGGAGGAACAGAUGCUUCGCGACGAGCAGACCCAGAAGGAGCUCAAGAUUCUCAAGAGCAUCUCGGCCGUCAAGCGCACCUCGUCCGGCGUCACCUCGCCGCCGAGCAGUCCCCGCGCAAAGUCGACAUCCGACGGGCGGAAAGACGACGAUAGCGAGGAUGAGUCAUUGUGGCUGUAAUCAGGCCUGGGAAACCCAUAUUAAAGUAGUAGGGAAAUCAUUUCCCCUUUUUCCCCUAUAGGAUAUUCAAGGAGGAAAAGCCCUGGAAAAAAAGUAGGGUACAGGGCCUUAUUCAUAAUAUUUUUCCCUAAGUAUAAAAUAAAGGUCCGUCACAUGAAAGGCGGCUUCUCCACCGUCUGGGCCAUGC